AUGGAGAAGGUUGUUUAUGAGUGGUUUCUCCAAUACCAAGACCCUGUGAAUAUAACUGGAGAGUUAAUUUUGGAGAAGGCGAGAGAUACAAUGAAACUUUUAUAUCCUCAACAAGAUUUUGAGCAUAACUUUUCUCAAGGUUGGCUUAAGAAAUUCAAGCUAAGACAUGGUAUCAAGUCAUUUCGUCGUUUCGGAGAGAGUGGUUCGAUUGAUAUACAAGACAUAGAGACGAAAUUGGAGUCCAUAAGGGAAAAAAGAGACCAGUUCCUUAUGAAAGAUGUUUUUAAUAUAGAUGAAACUGGUUUGUUUUACAAGUUACAAGCUGAUCAUUCUCUUGCUACGAAACAACUUGAAGAAAGAAAGCAGGACAAAGAAAGGCUCACGGUUGUUAUUUGUUGCAAUGAGGAUGGAUCUGAAAAAAUUCAAUUUCUCAAGUUGUUUCGUAUCAAGAGAAUGAUCAAAACAGUUACUUCGUUUUUUAAGAAUGCUGGUAGGGUCAGAACUUCUGUUUACAAAAUGGAAGUAUAA